CAAGGGCUAAAUAAAAAUAUCAUUUUUUUUUGACGACAUAAGCACCAACUCUUAAUAUACAAAUUAAAAGAAAUGAUUUUAUCUUCGAUUAAAGAUUUCAUUCACUCAUUAUGGAAAUAAAUGUACGAAUGAUUUUGAAUGAUAUAGUUAAUAACAUCAAUCAUACCCAAUCAAUCGUAAUUUUCUUUAAUGCCUCAUUUACGAAAUGCAGUAUUCAUAAUCGUUACUCAGCGGAAUUUAAUGAGAAAAAGAUUCUCAUUUGUAAUGAGAAAAAGAUUUUUCAAUGACCAUAAAUAUUCAUGUUCGUCGGAGAUUAUUAUCUUUGAAUUUCCUGCUGAAUGCGUAAAUAGCAGCCGCUCUAAACUAUAAUAAUAUCUCAAUAUAAUGACCUUAAAAAACAUUAAUAUUUCAUGUACAGACUCCUAACAUUAUUAGGUUAUUUGUUAACUGCAUAACAUUGAUAACGAUAACAAGUAUACACGAAGAAAAUAAGCAUCUGUCAUACAGAUAAUAACGAUUUAAAAUUGUUAAAGCGUUUUGCCAGAUUUACCCUGUUAUAUACAAAAGCGUCUUUAUUAUUGUUUGAAAUGUUGAAUUUAUUAGACACGUUAUUUGUCCUUGAAUACACUUUACGUCCAUAUUAUUCCAAGUAUAAUAUACAAAAGCGCCAAGUCGCUGUAUCCCUUAUUUACACGGUGAUCAAUUUGUCAUCAAUAACAAAAUUCAAUCAGUCUACACAUAACAGGCAAAGUCUUAUGACUAAAUUAAAUUUCAUUCGUGUGUUAGCUAUCUCAUUCUAUAUUCUGUACUGUUCUAACAUUCAUCAUUUAAACCGGGUUACACAUGCGUGUUCGACUAAACUAAUUUUAUCUGUGCAUUGAAUGCUUAUCGGAGCUCCUGGUGUAUCUAGAUCAGCCACAAUCGUGCGAUAUUCACCAAGCAAGAUGUACCGAGCAGCCCUCGAUUGGCAAGAGAAUGAACACAGGAUUGGGAGUGUGUACAAUACCCCAUUGCGCGGUAGCCUCGUGAAGUCUUCAAAACGUCGUUUACUGGAUAAACUGUUCAAAGCGGAAGAGUCUCCCAUAUACACACUGAAACCUACAAAAGGAAUACCAUACCGAAUCUCAAACUAUACUGUCUGCCCGUACGAUAGAUUUAUAUCAAACAGACGGCAUUUGAAUCUGGAAGCUGCCAACCAUCUAUUAACAAAGGAGCCAAUAAUUUCACGUAGGAAAAACAUGUUGGAUCUCUUUGCACAGGUGGGAUCUAUAAAGAGCUCAUGGCAGAAGAAAUUGAUGAAAUAUACUUUCGAAAAGACAGAUGUCAUAGGCGGACUGAAGCAAGGGAGAUUGUUGACCCUAAGCAAACCUUCAACGUCUGAUGGAACCGUUCCUGGUCACCUCAUAGGAAAACCUAAGGAGUUUUGGGACGAUAAUCAUGAUGAUGACUGCAUAUGGGAUUCGCGAUCGCGAAAAAAACCCCUGUUGGGUACUGCCGAAUUCAUUUUGGAUGACAUAACUUUUCAACCUACCAUUCAAAAGAAUCUUCUGGACUGGAGCGCGUUGAAUAUAAUUGCUGGCACUGAUAGGUAUUCGAUAACACUAUUUCCUAUUACCACAAAUAUUGUACCGGUUGUUCGAAUUAAGGAAGAAGAAUACGUAUCUGCUGUUAAAUUUAGCCGCUGUGGUAAUAAACUUGCUACAGCUACUUUAAACGCAUACGUGUCAGUUCAGCUUUUCGAACCAAAAAAGAAAUUAUGGAAAUCCGUUUGUACAUGUGCAGAAGAAUUUGAUUUAUUCUGUAGCGUUAAUUGCAUUGAGUGGUCAAUUAACGAUAAAGAAAUUGUUACAGGAUGUACUGAAGGAAGAUUAGUCGUAUAUAGUGCUUCUUCAGGCAAGAAGAUAUUACAAAGACAAAUACAUAGAAGCGAAAUUUACACAGUAUUAUUUUCCAUGGAUUUUCGAUUUGUAGCAUCCGCUAGUCGUGAUACGACAGUUCGAAUUUCUUCUUGGCCCCAUCUGUUAUCUAUAAUGGAAAUAGGAUUUUACUGCUCCCUUCGGGCUAUUGCCUGGCAUCCAUGGGAAAAUGCUAAGCUCGCAAUUGGUGGAGGAUCAGGCGAUACGGCUCUGACUUUAUGGAAUGUCAACACAAGGCGAUUAUUGGGAUAUCGUCGAGUUGUUGGCUGGGGUUGUAUCGAUUCUUUAUCCUGGAACAAACUUAGUGGAGAACUAGUAGUCAACUGGUAUUUUUGGGAAACAAAAUCCGCGACGGUAGUUGUUCUUGCGAGUUUAGAUCAUGUUGUCGACGUAGUUCCUGUUCCGGAUAAAACUCGAAUUUUUUACACGAUUACAAGUCCAGAUGGCAAACAAUUAGGUACUCAGUUCAACAGAAAUUUUAGUGUUUGGAACUUUUUUGGCGAUGAGUAUUACAUUCGACAAAAAACUCAUAAGUUCAACGAGAAUCAUUCAGCAAACAUAGGAACUGACGUAACAAAAAAUUUUAUGUAUUAUAAUAUUCGAUAGCUACUGCAAUAUAUGGUAGCCCAAUUUUCCAGGAAAUUACAUUUUAUAUGUACGUUUUAUUGGUAAAAAGUUUCGUUUUAUACGCUCAGUCCAUCAAUAAGUAAUAUAAUUUUCAAGGAACCAUUCAUCUAUGAGUUUCAACAUACAAAAGUUCUUUAAGCUUCAUGUUUUACUUAUAGAUUGACUACAUGGUCAAAAGUGAUUCGAUUAAUGCAUUUCUGUAAUCAUAAAUGAUGUCAA